UUAAAAUAAAGAGGGAGGGAAGGGAAGCGCGAGAGAGCAGAUCAGAGGUGGACGCAUCCCCAGGAUAUUGGUGCAAAAUUCAAGACAUUAGCGUUCUUUUUCUGCCCCCGUCCCUCCAUUGAGGGACAGGAAGCUAAAGGAACCCAUGGCUUUUCCUUCCUUUCUCUUCCUCCUCAUCCUCCUUCCCCUUUUCUUCUCCAAUAUCCCUUUCUCACUCUCACAGUCCCAACUUUCGCCUGACUAUUACAGGCAAUCUUGCCCUAACUUGGACAACAUCAUUCGAGAUGUCGUCACCACCAAACAGAUCAGCAACCCCACCACCGCCGCUGGCACCCUCCGCCUCUUCUUCCACGACUGCAUGAUAGGAGGCUGUGACGCUUCCGUACUCAUCUCCAGCAAUUCCUUCAACAAGGCCGAACGUGACGCCGACAUCAACCUCUCUCUUCCUGGCGAUGCUUUCGACGUAAUUGUACGUGCCAAGACUGCCGUCGAGCUUUCCUGCCCCGGCAUUGUCUCUUGUGCCGACAUCCUCGCCUUGGCCACACGUAACGCCAUUACCAUGGUUGGGGGACCCUUCUACACCGUUAACCUUGGCCGCAAGGACAGCCUGGUGUCCACUCAGUCCAGCGUAGAAGGGCACAUGCCACUGGCUAACAUGACCAUGGAUGAGAUCAUCAAAAAGUUUGAAUCCAAGAACUUCACCGUUCAAGAAUUGGUCGCCCUCACCGGUGCCCACACCCUCGGAUUCGCUCACUGCAAGGAGUUCGCUUACAGGCUCUUCAGGUAUAGCAAAACUGUCCCCACCGAUCCUGCUUAUAAUCCCAAGUAUGCCGAGGCUCUAAAGAAACUCUGUCACAACUAUGAGAAGAAUCCUGCAAUGUCAGCUUUCAAUGAUGUAAUGACUCCAUCCAAGUUUGACAAUCUUUAUUACCAGAACUUGGAGAAGGGAAUGGGGCUGUUGGAAUCUGACAAUGCGCUCUUCCAGAACCCCAAAACCAGGCCUUUCGUGCAAUUGUAUGCUAAAAACCAGACUGCUUUUUUCAAUGAUUUCGCUCGAGCAAUUGAAAAGCUUAGCCUUAAUGGGGUUAAGACUGGGAAUCAAGGAGAAGUCAGGCUGAAAUGCGAUGCUUUUAACUCUAUUCACAUUUGAACACUUCUGUUCUGGCGGUGGCCAUAUAUAAUGUGAGCAAUAUAUCAUACUAAAAUCAUCGAUCAAGAGAUUGUAUUCUCUUA